AUGGAAUUAGGCUCACAACGGAUUGAUGUUCAGCAAACUAGAGAAUCCGUGACAAACAACAGCGCUGUCAACGGCUUCACCGGCACUGUAGGAAACACUCCAUUGGGUGCAAGAUACGGGAAGGCUGAAUUCCAAAAGCCCGGAGGUAGCGGUCGAAUAAAACCCGGUGGAACCGUUGUCGAGGGUGCUGCAAGCAACACCGGUAUUGGCCUUACCCACGUUUGUAGACCCAGGGGCUACGAGUGUGUGAUAUUUAUGCCCAACAUUCAGAUUGACCUUCUCCGGAUGCUCGGUGCCGAGGUCUACCCAGUGCCCGCGGUUCCCUACGAGAACCCUUUGAACUAUAAUCACCAGGCGAAUUACGCCAAAAAGCUCGAGAAUGUCAUAUGGACAGACCAAUUCCAAAACACCGUGAAUGCGUACACCCACUAUAUCUCUACUGGACCCGAAAUGUGGGAACAGUCGAUGGAUGAGAUCGAUGGCUUCUAUCUGAAGGAGAGGAGCAAUAGCAGGACGCAAAUAUGGCUCGUCGAUCCACCUGGAAAUGUCUUAUACGAAUGCGUGACUUCUGGUGGAAAUAUCGAGCGUUCUCGAAGUUCCGUCACAGAAAGGAUCAGUCAGGGUCGCGUCACAAGUAAUUUUGGCACUUUUGUCACUGACCUUACAGGGGCACUUCACAUACCGGACGAGAAGGCGAUAUCCAUGUUACAUCAACUUCUUGAUACAGAAGACUUGUACAUAGGCGCUCCCUCGGCGCUAAAUAUCGUUGCAACUGUAGAGCUUGCACAAAAGUUAGGGAAUGGCUCUAAAGUUGUGACGAUAUUAUUUGAUGGUGCUUACCGAUACCAGAGCCACUUAUUCUCGAAGAAAUAG